UUGGCUGCCCUGAGCGAACCCUGAGGUGGGGUCGGGACCCCGCGUCCCACCCGGUGGGUGCGCACGAUGCGGCUGGGCUCCGGGACCUUUGCUGCCGGUUGCGUGACGAUCGAGGUGCUCGGGGUCGCGCUCUUCCUUCGGGGAUUCUUCCCGGCGCCUGUUCGCUCCUCUUCGAGGACGGAGCGCCGAGCAGAAGGCGCGGCGCCGGAGCCCUGGGCCGGGGCCAGUUCCAACCGGACCAAACUCCCACCGCCUCUCUUCAGUAAAGUUGUUAUCGUGCUGAUAGACGCUUUGAGAGAUGAUUUUGUGUUUGGGUCAAAGGGUGUGAAAUUUAUGCCCUACACAACUUAUCUCGUGGAAAAAGGAGCAUCUCACAGUUUUGUGGCUGAAGCAAAGCCCCCUACAGUUACGAUGCCUCGAAUCAAGGCUUUAAUGACAGGGAGCCUCCCUGGCUUUAUCGAUGUUGUCAGGAACCUCAAUUCUCCUGCACUACUGGAAGACAACGUGAUAAGACAAGCAAAAGCAGCUGGGAAAAGAAUAAUCUUUUAUGGAGAUGAAACAUGGGUUAAAUUAUUCCCAAAGCAUUUUGUGGAAUAUGAUGGAACAACCUCAUUUUUUGUGUCAGAUUACACAGAGGUGGAUAACAAUGUCACACGGCAUUUGGAUAAAGUACUGAAAAGAGGAGACUGGGACAUGUUAAUCCUCCACUACCUAGGACUGGACCACAUCGGCCACAUUUUCGGGCCCAACAGCCCCCUGAUUGGGCGCAAGCUCAGCGAGAUGGACAGUGUCCUGAUGAAGAUCCAUACCUCACUGCUCUCCAAGGAGAGAGAUACUGUUUUGCCCAAUUUGCUGGUUCUUUGUGGUGAUCAUGGCAUGUCUGAAACAGGAAGUCACGGGGCCUCUUCCAUAGGGGAAGUGAACACACCUCUGAUUUUAAUCAGUUCUGCAUUUGAAAGGAAACCUGGUGACCUCCGACAUCCAAAGCACGUCCAACAGACUGACUUGGCUGCAACACUAGCAAUAGGACUUGGUUUGCCGAUUCCAAAAGACAGUGUAGGGAGUCUUUUAUUCCCAGUUGUAGAAGGAAAACCAAUGAGAGAACAGUUGAGAUUUUUACAGUUAAAUACAGUGCAGCUUAGCAAAUUGUUGCAAGAGAACGUACCAUCGUAUGAAAAAGAUCCUGGAUAUGAGCAGUUUAAAAUGUCAGAACGGUUGCAUGGGAACUGGAUUAAACUGUACUUGCAGGAAAAUCAUUCAGAAGUCCUUUUCAAUCUGGGAACCAAGGUUCUCAGGCAGUACCUGGAUGCUCUGAAGACCCUGAGUCUGUCCCUGAGCACACAAGUGGCCCAGUACGACCUCUACUCCAUGCUUGUGGGGACUGUCGUGGUUUUGGAGGUUCUCACCCUGCUGCUACUCAGCAUCCCACAGGCACUGUGCAGAAAGGCUGAGCUGGAGGUUCCACUGUCAUCCCCUGUGUUUUCUCUGCUCUUUUAUUUGGUGUUUCUGGUUUCUUUGGCCAUUCAUGUUAUCGUGUGCACCUCAGCCGAGAGCUCCUGCUAUUUCUGCAGCCUCUCAUGGCUGGCAGCAGGUGGAAUGAUGUUGUUGAUUUCUGCGCUGCUGUGUGCGAUUGUUUCUGCCGCUACCAGGAUGUUCGUCAGUGGAGAUCUCCUGAGUAAGAAUCCAGAUCCUUCCAACUCAAGGUGGUCAGAGUUAGACCUUCUUAUUUUGUUAGGGACGGUAGGCCACGUCUUGAGUCUGGGUGCCAGCAGCUUCGUGGAGGAGGAGCACCAGACCUGGUACUUCCUUGUUAACACCCUGUGUCUAGUCCUGAGUCAAGAAAUCUACAGAAACUACUUUCUGCAAGAUGACUGUGAGCCUCAGUGUUGCUUCCACAUUGGGCAAGGUCUUGACAGCGCGAUCCCAGCGUUGCAAGACAGGACAGGCUGCAAGGCGUCCAGGCACAACAAAGAAUGUGAGAGCCCCUCUCCCCGUGAAGUGCUGAGAGGCCGGGACAAGUGGAUGGUGCUGGCAAGUCCGUGGCUGAUACUGACCUGCUGCCGGCUGCUGCGGUCGCUAAACCAGACAGGCGUGCAGUGGGCCCACCGGCCUGACCUUGGCCACUGGCUUACCAGCUCUGAUCACAAAGCUGAGCUCUCUGUCUUGGCUGCCCUUUCCCUCCUUGUGAUUUUCGUGUUGAUUCAGAGAGGGUGCUCCCCCGUGUCCAAGGUGGCCUUGGCGCUUGGGCUGCUGGGCAUCUAUUGCUACAGGGCGGCCAUUGGAAAUGUGCUGUCCUUGUGGCAGCAGGACAACAAAGACAUUUCAAAGGGUAUUGUUGAAGCUCGUUUUGUUUAUGUCUUUGUCCUUGGCAUUCUGUUCACGGGCACCAAAGACUUACUUAAAUCUCAAGUCAUUCCUGCAGACUUCAAAAUCAAGACUGUAGGUUUAUGGGAGAUGUAUAGUGGAUUAGUUCUUCUGGCAGCAUUGCUCUUUAGACCACAUAAUCUUCCGGUCUUAGCGUUUAGUCUCUUGAUUCAGACCAUAAUGACUAAAUUCAUCUGGAAGCCCCUGAGACAUGAUGCAGCUGAGAUUACUAUAAUGCAUUAUUGGUUCGGUCAAGCAUUCUUCUAUUUUCAGGGCAACUCCAAUAAUAUCGCCACCGUGGACAUCUCAGCAGGCUUUGUGGGCUUAAACACCUACGUGGAAAUCCCAGCCAUGUUCCUGACUGCAUUUGGGACAUAUGCGGGGCCCGUGCUGUGGGCCAGCCACUUAGUGCACUUCCUGAGCUCAGAAACAAGCAGCAGUUCAGCGCUGAGUCACGCUUGCUUCUGCUACGCACUGAUUUGUUCUAUUCCAGUUUCAACAUAUAUCAUUCUGGUAACAUCCCUGCGUUAUCAUUUGUUUAUAUGGAGUGUAUUUUCUCCAAAACUUCUCUAUGAGGGAAUGCAUCUCCUCAUUACAGCUGCUAUCUGUGCAUUCUUCACAGCCAUGGACCAAACAAGCCUCACAAAGUCUUAGAUUAAGUUGGACACUGGAAAAAUAAUAUAUUUUUUAAGUCUGCUGUUUACUUUGUGGGUUUGAGUAUUGAAAAAUCUGUUUAAAUGCAAGAUUCUAAAAUCAUGUGAUUUCUACAGAGUUGAUGAAUGGCUUUAAUUUCUUUGACAACUGUAUUUGAAUUUAGAUUAAAUAGUAAGUACUUUAAUACAAGGUCACUGUAAAAUACUUACAGUAUGUAUCAUAUUUUCCAUAUUGACAAUCACUCCAGAAGCUUUUGAACUUUUCCUCUGGAUAAGUUAUGAUAUGACCCAAAUAUGUGUGU